AUGGCACCCUCACUGGAACCGUUGGAACUCCUCGAGAAACCCGCCGCAACCCUGCCGGUCAAGGCAAUCGGCAACGGGGCUUCGCUCAAAUACGAAAGCCCAGAGAAGCAUCAGCGAGUGAUGAACGUCUUUCGAGCCUUUAUCGCUGAUCUCGCACAGCAAUAUGGCGAAGGCCAUGCUGGAUCUCCCAUGGGUAUGGCUGCCAUCGGCAUUGCCCUGUACAAGUAUGUCAUGAAAUACUCUCCUACAAACUGCAACUACUUCAACCGGGACCGCUUCGUUCUCUCGAAUGGCCACGCCUGCUUGUGGCAGUACCUCUUCAUGCACCUUGUCGGCGUCAAAAGCAUGACUCUCGACCAGCUCAAGUCCUACCACUCAUCGAGGCUCGACUCCGUUUGCCCGGGGCACCCCGAAAUUGAACACGAAGGCGUGGAGGUCACCACUGGUCCCCUCGGCCAGGGCCUCGCCAAUGCGGUUGGUCUUGCCGUGGCCACGAAAAACCUAGCCGCAACAUACAACAAGCCCGGCCAUGAGGUGGUGAACAACAUGACAUGGUGCAUGGUCGGCGAUGCAUGCCUUCAGGAGGGAGUCGGGCUUGAGGCGCUCUCCCUCGCCGGCCACUGGAAGCUCAACAAUCUCUGCGUUAUCUUCGACAACAACUGCGUUACGUGUGACGGCACUGCAGACGUUGCCAACACCGAGGAUAUCAACACCAAGAUGCGGGCUACCGGGUUCAACGUGGUAGACGUGCACAACGGAGACUCGGACGUUGCCGCCAUCGCCAACGCCCUUAUCGCCGCUCGAUCGAGCGACAAGCCCACCUUCCUCAACAUCCGCACCACGAUUGGCUUUGGAGCUGCAAAGGCCGGCACCGCCGACGUGCACGGCGCUGCUCUUGGAGUCGACGAAGUGGCCAGGAUCAAGCGGUCGUACGGUCUCAACCCAGACGAGCACUUUCACAUCCCCCAGGACGUCUACGACUUUUUCCAUGACAUUCCCAGCCGGGGUGAGGCCCUCGAGGUGGGCUGGCAAGCGGCCCUGGUAAAGUAUCACGAGGAAUACCCCGACCUGGCGGCUGAAUUCGCCCUCCGCGUCGCGGGCAAGAUGACUUCAGACUGGACGAAAUGCAUUCCUCGCAAGGAAGAGCAGCCGACUGCGUCGACGGCGACGCGCAAGUCCGCCGGCGUCAUCACCAACGCCCUUGGCGAGCGCAUCAACUCAUUCCUCGUCGGCACUGCAGACCUCACACCCUCGUGCAACAUCGCCUACAAGAACAAGGUCGACUUCCAAUCCGUGAGUGCACAUCCAAACUCCCAUACCCCAACCCAAGCCCCUAACACCAACCAGCCCUCCCUCCAAACCGCCUGCGGCCUCAACGGCACCUACAGCGGCCGCUACAUCCACUACGGCAUCCGCGAGCACGCCAUGUGCGCCAUCUCCAACGGGCUCGCCGCCUUCAACAAAGGCACCUUCAUCCCGCUGACAAGCACCUACUUCGUCUUCCACCUGUACGCCGCGGCCGCGGUGCGCAUGGCCGCGCUGCAGGGCCUACAGCAGAUCCACAUCGCCACGCACGACAGCAUCGGCGUCGGCGAGAACGGCCCCACGCACCAGCCCGUCGCCGUCGCCGCGCUCUACCGCGCCAUGCCCAACCUCCUCUACAUCCGCCCCUGCGACGCCGAAGAAGUCGCCGCCGCCUACACCGCCGCCCUGCGCGCCUCGCACACGCCCACGGUCAUCUCGCUCUCGCGCCAGAGCCUGCCGCAGUACCCGCAGCACUCGUCGCGCGAGGGCGCACUGAAAGGCGCGUACGUCUUUGCGGAGGCUGAGGGUGGCGAGUUUGACGUGACCCUGAUCGGGGUGGGGUCGGAGAUGGUCUUUGCGAUGCAGACGCGCGAGUUGCUAUGGGCGGAGUAUGGGAUUCGAGCGCGCGUGGUUUCGUUCCCGUGCACGAGGCUCUUUGAGCUGCAGUCGCGCGAGUAUAAGCUGUCGGUGCUGAGGCCCGGGGAUGGAAAGCCCACCGUUGUGAUUGAGGCGUACCCGGCUAACGGGUGGGAGCGCUAUGCUGAUGCGUCGGUGUCGAUGAAUAGCUUUGGAAAGAGUCUGCCCUCCAAGGAGGUGUAUGAGCACUUUGGCUUUGCGCCGGAGAGCAUCGCGCCGAAGGUUAAGGAUUUGGUGGAGGAGGUCAGGCGCGAUGGGAUUGGGGUCUUGAGGGGGGAUUUUAGGGAUUUCAAUGGUGGUCUGCGGAUUGGAGUUGAGCAUUAG